AUGACAAAAAGUUAUGGUAGCCCCAAUAACCCAAGCACUUUCAACGACAACGACUAUCGCCAACUAUGCAACUUUGGAAACAUCAACAUAUACAAACGUUUCCGCGACAACAACUACCGCCGACCUCUACCAAACAACGGAAACGUCAACUUACACGGAUGUUUCAACGACAACGACUGCCGCCAACUAUCCAACUUUGGAAACAUCAACAUAUACAAACGUUUCCGCGACAACAACUACCGCCGACCUCUACCAAACAACGGAAACGUCAACUUACACGGAUGUUUCAACGACAACGACUGCCGCCAACUAUCCAACUUUGGAAACAUCAACAUAUACAAACGUUUCCGCGACAACAACUACCGCCGACCUCUAUCAAACAACGGAAACGUCAACUUACACGGACGUUUCCGCGACAACAACUACCGCCGACCUCUACCAAACAACGGAAACGUCAACUUACACGGAUGUUUCAACGACAACGACUGCCGCCAACUAUCCAACUUUGGAAACAUCAACAUAUACAAACGUUUCCGCGACAACAACUACCGCCGACCUCUAUCAAACAACGGAAACGUCAACUUACACGGACGUUUCCGCGACAACAACUACCGCCGACCUCUACCAAACAACGGAAACGUCAACUUACACGGAUGUUUCAACGACAACGACUGCCGCCAACUAUCCAACUUUGGAAACAUCAACAUAUACAAACGUUUCCGCGACAACAACUACCGCCGACCUCUACCAAACAACGGAAACGUCAACUUACACGGAUGUUUCAACGAUAACGACUGCCGCCAACUAUCCAACUUUGGAAACAUCAACAUAUACAAACGUUUCCGCGACAACAACUACCGCCGACCUCUACCAAACAACGGAAACGUCAACUUACACGGAUGCAUCCACGACAUCCGCUGACAGUUAUCCAACAAGAGAAACACAACCAUCCACGAAUUCAUCCAUUACAACAACCGUAUUCUUUCCAACAACGGAAACAUCAACAUAUACAAAAGCGAAAGAGUGUCCCGGUGACACAGACAAAAUGGGCACCGUCUGGAUUCCUGAAAGAAUAGGCUUCAGUAAAAAAACUCGAGUGCCGAGAACGGUACAACGGAACAAACGGAAAUAUCACACGUUACUGUGACAUGAACGGCGUUUACCGGGACCCGGUUUACAAUUGCACGCGUGACUCAAUCCAGAAAAUAUACGACGAG